CUCCGGGCGAAUAACUGCUUGCUAACUUGUUUGCAUUAAAGUUAAAGUUGGUUUGCAAAACGUGUAAAGGCCUCAUUACAUUCCGAACUACUGAUAUUAAAGAUAAAGAACAACUAUGGGUACUGCAAAAACAUGUCUUCUCUUCUUCACCAUCCAAUUGAUUUAUAUUAUAUCUGCGCAAGAGAUGAAACGUAUCCCUGACGGAUUUGUGGGAACGCGCGGGAAGAAGUCCAUUUCAUCUAUGUCUUCAGAUACAGACCACUACUAUAAGCGAAAGCCUCAGUUCUUCGUCGGCGUUAGGGGAAAAAAAAAUUUGGUCGACGCCCUCGCCGAUGAACAUUUCAAACGAGCUCCAAUGGGAUUUGUAGGUAUGCGCGGGAAAAAGGAAUUUAUAUCUCCUGGUUUCCAAUAUUCAGGCUCUGGUUUCAUUCCGAAACUGGACGGCUCUCUGAUUGGGAAGAUUGACUACUCAGCCAAUGGAGAUUUGAGAGACGACAAUGCGUAUUCCGUAAACAAUUUUAUUGCGGAGUAUCUUCAGAAUCUGGAGAAAGAGAAUAUGCUGGAAAAUGACCUAAAAUUUGAUGAAAUGACAAAUUCCCAGCCUUUGUCACAUGAAUCAGCUGCAACUGAUGUCGAUAAGCGAGCUGCCAACAUCCACCAGUUUUACGGCGUUCGUGGGAAAAAGUCCAUUCAGAACAAACGACCUUACGACCUAACCUUUCGUGGCAAAUUCAUUGGCGUGAGGGGUAAAAAGGUCAUUAAAGACGAUUAUAGUGCGGAGGCGACUAAGUUUUUGCUCGACCAGGAGGGACCGUGGCCUAAAAGGAAGACCCAAAUGGGAUUUUUUGGAAUGCGUGGCAAGAAAUGGACUGAUGAGUCCAGCCCGGAAACCGCAAUGGAGGUAUAUUACUAAGCGACCUCAUUUCUCCGUGUCAUCUAAAAAAUAUUUCUAUGAUAAAGACUUCUUUGAAAAAUUAUUAGCAUUUCUUUGUAAGGAAAAACCGCAUUUUCUUACUAAGAUUAAGGAGAGGCUUAUUCUAGCGUUAUUUAAGAAUUUACAGCAAAACUAUAAAACUUCGCCGAGAUAGUAGGUACAUACUAAAACACUUUAAUGUAAUUAAGAUAAGUAAUUGAAUGAGAAGAAAAGAAUUGCUUUUAUAACUUUUUAUCCGUUUAGAAGGUUAUAUAAUUCUGUUGUACGUACAUUUAUUAGUCAGUCGUUCAUAAAAACAAGCUUUUAACUUUUAAUUUUAAUUUAUUUUUUAAAUGUUUGUCUCAUGCAGUAGUUAAGAAAU